UGCUCCGUGCUGCUCUUCCCCGGGCAGGGCAGCCAGGCGGUGGGCAUGGGCCGCGGCCUGCUCGGGUACCCGCGCGUCCGCGAGCUCUACGCGGCCGCCAGCCGCGUGCUGGGCUACGACCUGCUGGAGCUGAGCCUGCACGGCCCGCAGGAGGACCUGGACCGCACCGUGCACUGCCAGCCCGCCGUCUUCGUGGCCUCGCUGGCUGCCGUCGAGAAACUCCAUCACCUGAAGCCCCAGGUCAUUGAGAACUGCGUUGCGGCUGCUGGAUUCAGUGUGGGGGAAUUUGCAGCCCUUGUGUUUGCUGGAGCCAUGGAAUUUUCUGAAGAUGCAUCAUGUGGAGCACAGCAGCAGCGCAUGGCUAGCAGCAGCACACUGCCCUGUGCAGCCUCAGGUCUGCUGUCUGGAUGCCGAGAACUUGCUGUUCACCCGUGUCAUUCUUCCCUUGAUGGUGCCCGCCUUAAGCCACCUUCCUUUCCCCAGGCUCUGCAGUUUCUCCGGAAGAACUCCUCUAAGUAUCACUUCCGGCGCACCAAGAUGCUGCCAGUGAGUGGCGCCUUCCACACGCGCCUCAUGGAGCCCGCUGUGGAGCCCCUGGCCCGAGUUCUGAAGACCAUUGACGUGAAGAAGCCUCUGGUGGCUGUGUACUCCAAUGUCAGCGGGAACCGGUACACGCACCCCACGCACAUCCGGAAGCUGCUGGGCGAACAGGUGGUGUCCCCGGUGAAGUGGGAGCAGACCAUGCACGCCGUUUACCAGAGGGAGAAGGGCGCCGCAUUCCCCAGCACGUUCGAGGUGGGCCCCGGGACGCAGCUGGGGAGCAUCCUGAGGAGCUGCAACAUGCAGGCCUGGAAGUCAUACAGCCACGUGGAUGUGAUGGAGGGCAGCCAGGACCCGGAGCCCGGCACCCCCGAGGCUCUGCACUGACCCAUCUGCAGGCUGGCUAAAGA